UUCACUGCGUGCUGGCGGUGUACUCCCUGCCUCGGUAAAACUCUCCUUUUAGUCAGCAGUCUGCCAAAAUCGACGCUGGAUCGAAACAUUAGAAUAAAACAGAAAAAUGUAGUGAUUGUUAUCUGAUGUUUACCUAAAAUUAACGUAAAACAAACUGCCCGGCCGCCGUGACGUCCUCAACAGAGUUGCGCGCGCCUGUUGGCAGCGGAAGUUGACUUUAGUUGUUUCUCAUAACUUCCGUAACCCGUGCUAACCACAAAAACCAAACAGUUUUAAAGCAAAAAUGAUAGUUUGCUGCGUGUCUGGUUGUAAAAAGCGGUAUAUCCGCAGCAAAAAAUUGAAAUUUUACAAAAUACCGUCUCGGGGCCACCGGAGGCGUUUGUGGCUGCGAGCAAUACAAGAAGCGAACGGCAGCACUGCGAGACUCACGGAAAAUGAUCGCGUUUGUGGCGCUCAUUUCAUAUCAGGAGAAGCAUCUAUGGAGCGUGAUAAGCCGGACUUUGUGCCUUCUGUUUUUACCUGCACCCAAAAAAAUCAAAGCCCUAAGAAAAAAGUGAAAUGGUUUUAUGGUCGUAGAAAAAGGCAUCGCCGGAAGGCAAGAGGCAGAAGAGAGGAAAAUGCAGCUCCAAUUCGAGCUGAGUCUUCUGUGAAUCCUGAGCCGUCUGUUUUGACGGGAACUGAAAGUGAACUUUCAGAAGAAAUGCAGACGCCAGCAACCCCCUCAGUGCCAAAGGAAGGAGAAACGGUGGCAAAAGUGUCUGAGACUGAAGCAGAAACCCAAAUUAUCCAGACUCAAACAAUCAACUUAAAUAAGACAUCACCAUCCUUCAAAGGACUACCAGACACCCUAAAACUAGAUAAGAGAAGGCCAAUUGUGCUCCUGAAACCUUUAGUUGCAUCAGAAGGUGGUUAUCGGUGUGAACUGUGCAGUCAGACCUUCACUGAUAUACCACAGCUGGUAAAACACAAACGGCUGCAUGAAGAACAAAGGUCCUUUGUCUGUGAAAAUUGUGGAAAAAGCUUCAUAAGUCAGGCAGAUUUCAGUGAGCACCAUGCUGUGCACAGAGAUGAGCCCCUCUUUCCGUGCAACAUGUGUGAUCGAUCUUUCACCACAAUUCACCAACUGAAGCGUCAUAAACUGCUCCAUGUUAAAGAUGGCAGGAAGUGCCUCAGGUGUGGCACGCUGUUCUGUCAGCGUCACAACCACAUUUUAUUCCUUCCGCAGACAGAGUUUAAAACAGAGUCUGAGCCUGAGGACAGUUCCUCUAGGAGUGAGACGGAAAAUGAACUGGAACCAAGCCAGAUGACUGAAAUACCUGGCAACACUCAGAGCUCAAGGACCGUUACACCUCCACUGUCUACUUCUGCUCCAACUGCUGCUCCUACACCCCCAAAUCCUGGAUUUCUAUCCAAGCCCCCACCUUUGGCUACAUUUAGUAGAUUACCAGAAAUCCCCCCACCUGUGUUGCUGAGACCGUGUCCUGUGCCUCGUCGACUCUAUCCAGAAGUGAGACACUCAGAAAACCCGGGUACCUCAUUUCACCAUGACUUCUUCACCCAAAAUACAGAACUUCCAUCUUCACUGAAGAUCUUUUCACCUCAGUACCUCACCUCAGCCUUCUUAGAGGUUAAAAGAAAUUAUCAAUAUAUUUUAAGCAAGCCGAAAAAGUGUAGGGUUAAGAAUCCGGUGAAGAAGGAACAAAGUGAGGCACCAAUAAUUUCACCAGAAGAACACACUCAGCCAGAAAAAAAGGAGAGAAUAGCUUAUGACCUGGAGAUGGUGCUCUGAUCUGAAUAAUGGAUUAGAAUGACCUGUUUACUUACCUGACCUGUUUGCCUUACUUAAGAUGUUCAACAUUAGUGCUCCUAUCCUAUUAGUGUUUCUGUUCUUUGAGUUAAAAGGCAUUUUUAACAAAAGCAAGGAUGUGUUCAGUAUUAAGCCUGUAGUAUUUGGCUUGUACUUGCACUACUUUUGCCUCUCUUAGCACACUGAUAUAUUUGUAAUUACUGUAAUGCUGAUAUUUUUUUUUUUAGUUUUGUAGUUAAAAUCUUUCACUUCUUAAUCAGUGAUGAGGUGCAAUUGUUUUUUUCACUACUGUUUGAUAAGUAAUACUGUUAUGUAUGUAAAGAUAACUGACCUGUGUUGUAAAACCGCACCAGGUGGGAUUUGGGCUUCAGGCUGUAUUCUGUACUUGGCAAUUUGUGCCGUAAUAAUCACUUUAGUCUGUGGAAAAAUGCACCGUGUGCUACAAACGGCAUCAAUAAUAUGAUCAAGCUUCUCUAAUAACAAUUGCCACACAAUUCGGUUUUCACAUCUGCCUCAGCUAACUGGAAACAGAUAGCGGUUGCAGCUUUAUAUUACAUAUAUAAACCGAUCAGCCGUAACCUUGAAACCAUGAAUAACCUUGAUUGCACUAUUACAGUGGUUGGUUCUGCUGGCAAACCUUGAGCUCCCAGGAAUUCGUGUGGGUGUUACUUUUACGCGCAACACACGCCUACAAAUGGAAAGGCUUGAAGAGCAUGACAAAGAGUCCAAGGUGUUGACAGGACCUCUAAACUCUCAGAUCUCAAUCCAGAAAAACCGCUGAUCCACAGUGGCCACUACAGCAGAAGACAGCUGUUGCUCCUGGCCACAUGCCGAAGAGGACAAAUCCAGAGGGUCCAGUAUGCAUGCCCUGAGGGAUUACAGUCAUUUUGUCAGAUAUCAGGUGGUUUUUAUGUUGUUGAUCAUAUGCAGUGUAUAUGAUCAACAACGUAUGUAUGAUAUAGCUACAGUUACAUCAACCAUUUGUUACAUUUUGUGCGUUUUUUUUUUAAGUUGUCCUCUUUGUUUUUGUUUUUUUUUGUUUUUUAAUCUGUAUAUGAGAAGUGGAUCUGACUGUGAAACCAGUGCUGUUUGUUUCCUAAUAAAUACCGUUUAUGGUUAGAGUAAACAACUGCCAGCUUAAAAAUGCCUCCAUCAAGCGUUUGUCGAAUUUUUAAAGUGAACACUAAAAUCAUCUGUGAGUAGAAUUAACAGUACCAACAGUCCUCCAUUAACUACAAUCAAUUAAGUGUAGUUUAGAGACUGUAUAUAAAAGAUGUACAUAGUCACAGGGAUGUCAUCCAUUGAUUGCUAAGCUCCAUUUUUUUUUUUAAACUCUGUGUUUUUUGUUGUUGCCAUUUUAGCUUUUUGAAACUGGACUUCACAAGUGUGUGUAGAGGUAAAACUGAGGGAUACUAAGGGAUGCACCAUGUUUUUGUUGCUUUUUUUGGCUUGAAUGGGGGCUGUAGCUAGCAACUAAGACUAAUUGGGAAAAUGUUUACUGCAGUCAUAGGUCAUAAAGGGUCAUUUUUCCUCACGAUCAUAUUGGUUGCAUAAAACCCAAUAUGGUCAACCCACGUCACUUUUUAGCUGGCUUUUAGUCACUAGUGGAUCUUCCACACUGCAGUUGUGUAGUGGAUCCUUUUAAUGUAUUCAUGAAAAUCUUAUAUCAAUUAACAGUACGUUUUGAUCCCAUGCUUAACUCCAAACGUGCCCACGUUCCAUCGUUUGGGGUUAUGUCACCUGCUGUUUCUACAAGUUGCUGAAUUUAAUUGACAUUUCGUGGUCUCUUAUAUGGAUUAAGGCACCUUCGGCUUCGCUUUUCUGACUUGUGAGCUAUGACCAUCUUUUAUAUGCAAUCUAUGAUAUUUGCAAUGUUUGCACACAACAUGGAGUUUUGAUUUCCCAUUUGUAAAAAACAACAACUUUGGAGAGGUUACGUUUUAUUUUAUUUUUGUUUGUUUGUUUUGUUCUCCUUCAGCUGACCUGUAUGUAUAUGUACUCAAAUGUAGAAAUGGCAGAAAACAUGGACAAAUGGAAAGAUUGAACUACCAUGUACCCAUUUCCCCCACACCAAGAAGCACCUAACCUGCUAUAGCUGUAACAAGCAGUACACUAGUUCUCUACCCAUUACAACCUGAAACAUUCUGCAUUUCACUGUGUUCACCUUACUGUCUGUUAAGAUUUUCUUUACAAUUGAUACAUUUCCAAAUAAAACAUUCUUGGAAUAGCAUUAUCUGUUAAAAUAGCUAAAGCUGUUUGUCAGCUGGUGAUUUGCAGCUGUCUACUGCAUGCCCAUUAGACUUGCUCUCACAUGGACACAGGAACAAGAGAAAAAAAUAAGCUGUAUGAAGUGAAGUAUGGUCUUUACAUAAUGUAAUAAAAUUAAAUUACUGUA